UGCCCCGCCCAAAGCCCGGUGGCUUGCGGCGCAUGCGUGGGUAGCUGGUUGUGUGCUGGGCCAGCGCGGAGCCGAAGCGGCCGUGGUGAAGCGCCUGGGCUCGGUCGAAACCGCCGAGUCGGCUCCUCGCCUAGUAGCCGUCGCCGCAGAGCGGCCGUCUGUUGUCUUUCUCCGCGGCGAAGGUGCAGAGCUGCUCCGGCUCGGCCCGCGGGGGAGCCCCGGGAGCCGCACGAGGCCAGGGGGGACCGGUGCGGUCCACAAGCGCUCCGGGAACCGUGCAUUCGGCUCGCCUUGCCACAGAGCUCAAGUGCAGCAACACUUUGAGACCAAAAGAAACAUGUCCUGGGUCAUGAAACUUAAUCCACAACAAGCUCCAUUAUAUGGUGAUUGUGUUGUUACAGUACUGCUUGCUGAAGAGGACAAAGUUGAAGAUGAUGUAGUUUUUUACGUGGUAUUUUCGGGUUCUACCCUCCAUCACUGUACAAGUACCCGGAAGGUCAGUUCUGAUACUUUGGAGACCAUUGCCCCUGGUCAUGACUGCUGUGAGACAGUGAAGGUGCUGCUGUGUGCUUCCAAAGAGGGCCUGCCUGUGUUUGUGGUAGCUGAAGAAGACUUCCAUUUUGUCCAGGAUGAGGCAUAUGACGCAGCUCAAUUUCUGGCAACCAGUGCUGGAAAUCAGCAGGCUCUGAACUUCACUCGUUUUCUUGACCGGUCAGGACCCCCAUCUGGGGAUGUGAAUUCCCUUGAUGAGAAGGUUGCACUGGCAUUCAGACACUUGAAGCUGCCAGCAGAGUGGAAUGUUUUGGGGACAGAUCAGACUUUGCAUGAUGGUGGCCCCCGGGAGACAUUGAUGCAUUUUGCUGUGCGGCUGGGACUGCUGCGGUUGACAUGGUUCCUGUUGCAGAAGCCGGGUGGCCGCGGAGCUCUCAGCAUCCACAACCAGGAAGGGGCAACACCUGUGAGCUUGGCCUUGGAGAGAGGUUAUCACCAGCUACACCAGCUUCUAACUGAGGAGAAUGCUAGAGAGCCAGACUCCUGGAGCAGUUUAUCCUAUGAAAUCCCUUAUGGAGAUUGUUCUGUGAGGCAUCAUCGAGAAUUGGACAUCUAUACAUUGACCUCUGAGUCUGAAUCACAUCAUGAACCUCCGUUUCCUGGAGACACUUGCUCUGGACAUAUUUUUAAACUUAUGAAUAUCCAACAGCAACUGAUGAAAACAAACCUCAAGCAGAUGGACAAUCUUGCGCCCUUAAUGAUGACAGCACAGGAUCCUUCCAGUGUGCCCAGUGCCCCAGAGACAGAUGGCCAGUUCCUUCUCUGUUCACCUGAGUCCUCCAAUAGCCAGCAGCUUUCUCCUCCUCCUAAAGAGACUGUGAGCACUGUGUGCUGCCAGGGGAGCCCUGUUGGACCGAUUGAGAAUUCCUGUGAUUUUUCAAGUGUAGUUGAGGAAGAGAAGACAGACCGAUCUGACAGUAAAAAACAUAAAGGCGUGGCGAGAAAAGGGGAAGAGGUGGAGCCAAAACCUAUUAUGGACUCUGGAACUGUGUCCAAUCAAGACAGCUGCAUUCAGAGCAUGCCUGACUGUAGAGUAAAGGGCACAGCUGGCCUGCUAUCCUGUGGAAACCAAAAUGAAGAAACUGGAAGAAUGUCUUAUAGAAUGGGCACAGACGAGGAGUCUUUGAGCAUUGGAGGCAGUGUGCUGCAGGGAGAUGUGGUCACAGAGUUAGGCACAGCCCAGCAUUUCUCAGGGGGUGAACUAGCAGACAGUUCAACAGCAGAAAGCAGCGCCUCACAAGGUGCAGGGGAAGUGGAACAUAGCCUCAUGAACAUAGCUGCUGCCACCCAGAAUAAUAUGCCUCAAGCAGUAGAAAGUACACAGGAAAGAUUUGAGAAGUCGAAUAUCAGCACAACUGGAGCCGCUGACAUACCAGUCAUAAGUGAGCUUGUGGAUAAAAUCAGUGUUCCAAACUGUGUCUUUGCCACAAGUGCCCCGAGUAGUGACAGACCUGCUGAGUCUUCAUUUGGAUUUAGUCUUGGAGAAACCCCCAUUGAAAAAACAGCAGAAACUGAAACUUCUGGAAGUUGUGAGGAAAGUGCUGAUGCUCUAGAUCAGAAUUCUCUGAUAAUCCCAACUGCUACAAAUAACAAGAUUUUAGAUGAAUUAGAGCCUAGCACUUCCUUAGCAGACAGAUGUGAAGCAGUGUUACCUUUGGAUUUACUCUUUUCUGAGAUAGAAAAAGAUGUAAUGCCAAACCAGGGAUCAGAAAUGAAUUCAUCUCAUACUCAAAGCCAAAAGAGAAAAUUACUGGCUUAUUGUGCCAAUGGAGAUGAUAAACUCUGCUCUGACUCGGAAUGUCAACAGAACACAGUGACUUCUAGUGGUGAAGUGAUUGCAAAACAUUGCAAUGACUUGGUCAGCCAACCUGAAAACACCAUGAAAGGGCAACCCAAAACACAAGACCCAUCCACUGCCAUCUGCCUUGAAGACCAACAAGUGAAUACAAUCACUUCAGAAUGUGUAGAUUUGUGUCCUCUCAAAGUUUUGAAUAAAAAAGGUCAGGGAAAAGAUUCAAAACUAGAUACGCUUUUAACAAAUGUUCUUGAGGUAGUUUCACCUCUGUAUCCAAUUGUGCCUAAAACUGAGAAAGAACUGGUUCCAGACCAGGCGGUGCCAUCUGACAGCACUUUCUCUCUGGCAGCCAGUCCAGGCAGUGAAUCAGUAACCAAAGAUGACGCACUUUCUCUUGUCCCCUCCCAGAAAGAAAAGGGAACAGCAACUCCUGAACUACACAGGGCUUCAGCUUGUAGAGAUGGCCUGGCUGGAGGAGAUUUGAAUGAUCCUGCUGAACAGUUGCCAGGAGACGGGGCAAUAGGCCUGUCCUUGCCCUUGGCUGCUGUGGAGCUUCAGCUAAGCAUGGGGAAUACCAGCCCUGGAAGACAUGGUGGGGAGCUUGAAGGUCCUGGCCCCUCAUCAGCUCCUGAAGUUCUGACUAACUCUUCUCUACUGAGUGUGGGUAAGGCCACUUUGAUUUCUAAUUCAGUUUUCAUUGAAGAAGGCAAAAAUCUGGUGGUUACAGAAAGCUCUAUAGUGCAGAGACAAGAUGACAAGGACAGAGCAGUGCCUUGUUCCUCCAUUAAGGGAGACAUGCUUUCUUCAGGAACAUUUCAGGAAGAGCAGAGAACACUACCUCCCAGACAAGAGACUCCAAAAUUCUGUGAAAAACCUACGUUGGUGGCCUGUGCUGAGGACAAAGCACUUCAGCCCAGCCGUUCACUGGGCACACCCUCUGCUUGUCUUAAGACAGAAACUAAACAUAACAAGGAAGUGGCCCCACAAGUCUCCCUGCUGACUGAAGGUGGGGCUGCACAGAGCCUAGUGCCACCAGGAGCAAAUCUGGCUACAGACUCAAGGCAGGAAGCCUUGAAUGCAGAACAGAACAGCUCACCUCUGUUGUCUGGUUUGCUGCCAGAUGAAUCUGAGGCUCUUAACUGCAAUCCACCUUUUGCUCUGAAUGUGGGAGUUGAUAAUACUGAAUCCCAGGGAAAAACCACUGUUCAUGAGUUGAGUGGAAAUGUGAUGGUGGAUGUUGCAAUGGUUAAUGCUCUCCGAGGUACUGCUAGGCCCAGAAGAAAGGAUACAUCACCCAACAUCCAAAACAUCCCAAUUUCAGAAGUUUUAUUGAGCCAGGAGAAGAAUAUGAUCCAGAGUUUGCCAGGAGAUUUACCAAACAAAGGUAUGACUGGACUACAGGGAACUGCAAACCCGGGGAUGGUACCUCCUGAUUGGAAGACAGGGAAGCAGGAGAGAGCAGACCACGGCUAUUCUAUGGGUGACUCCAAAGAGUCACAAGUGGAUGAUGGAGCACUGCAGCUUAUUGCUAAGGAGCUCCCCACACAGACAGGGCUCUCAGCUCUCGAUGACAAGGCUCCCACUGGCAUGAGAGAAGUCACACAAAUCUUGGCUCCAGGCAGGGAAAGGAGUGAUCGCAUGGUCUCUGUUGAAGCUGCACAUGUGCCUGAGGGAGCAGACUUGCUAGAGGUGACUGCCUGCCGUAUAGUGGAAGCUGUCAUUGAAGGAGUCAAAGCCUCAGGAGUGCUGAUUCCUGAGGGGAAAAUCAGUCAGUUAUCACCAUCUGGUCCUGAUCUGGGCCCUAGGACAGAACAGCUGACUGGGAACCCUUCAGGAUGUUUUGCUGGAAGGGAGGAGCCAGAGAUUGGUCAGCCCGAGCUGGCAACAGAAAUGCCAGACAGGAAAGCUGAAGAUGAAGUGGAUUUUCUAAGUAAGACCAGAGCUAGUUCAGUGUCUGAAGAGGUGGCUAUAGGGAAUGGAGCUACCACACGUAGGAUGAAACAAGGCCCAAAGACCCAGGCGAUAAACCGAGAAAGCUGGUGUACAAUAGAACCAUGCCCAGGGGCAGCAUCUCUUUUGGCUUCCCAGCAGAGCCCAGGAUGUGAGAACAUUUUGGAUGUUGCAUUGAGCAGAGAGUGUAGCUCAAAACAAGAUGUACUUCAGAGAGAAUCUGGGAGUGAUUCUGACCUCUUUCAUUCACCCAGUGAUGAAAUGGACAGCAUCAUCUUCUCAAAGCCCGAGGAAGAGCAGUUGGUCUGUGAUAUUACAAGAUCUGGUUCUUCUACUGAUGACACAGCUUCUCUGGAUCGACAUUCUUCUCGCGGCAGUGAUGUGUCCCUCCCUCAGAUUUCAAAGUUGAAGAGAUCUAGAGACCAGCAAAGCCAUGAUGGCUUCUACAGCCAUGGGGUGGGAGCUGAGGGUCCAGAAGGUGAGAGUGAACCUGCUGGCUCUGGGGAAAUUGAAGAAGAGGAGAUGGACAGCAUCACUGAAGUACCUGCAAACUGCUCUGUCCUGAGGAACUCCAUGCGUUCUUUGUCCCCUUUCCGGAGACACAGCUGGGGUCCUGGAAAGAAUGCAGCCAGUGAUACAGAAAUGAACCACCGGAGUUCAAUGCGAGUUCUUGGGGAUGUUGUCAGGAGACCUCCCAUUCAUAGGAGAAGUAUGAGCUGGUGUCCUUCUGGUGUGCAAUACUCUGCUGCCCUGAGUGCUGACUUUAAUUAUAGAAGUUUCAGUCUGGAAGGCUUGACAGGAGGAACUGGUGUUGGAAACAAUCCAUCUUCAUCUCUAGAAGUAAACUCUGCAGACUCAAAAGAACUCAGACACUCUUUCAGUGGGGAGGAACGGGGUGACUCUUUGAUGUCACUUUCAGAAGAGGAUCUGGAGUCAGACCAGAGAGAACAUAGGCAGUUUGAUCAGCAGACAUGUCACAGACCUAAGCAACGGGGAUUUAAUUAUUGUACAUCAGCCAUUUCUUCUCCAUUGACAAAAUCCAUCUCCUUAAUGACAAUCAGCCAUCCUGGAUUGGACAAUUCACGGCCUUUCCACAGCACCAGUGCUAAUCUGACUGAGAGUAUAACUGAAGAAAACUAUAACUUCCUGCCACAAAGCCCCUCCAAGAAAGAUUUUGAAGGGAAAAGUGGAACAAAAGUCAGUCGUACAUUCAGCUACAUCAGGAAUAAAAUGUCCAGCAGUAAGAAGAGCAAGGAAAAGGAAAAAGAGAAAGAUAAAAUUAAAGAGAAGGAGAAAGAUUCUAAAGAAAAGGAGAAAGACAAGAAGACUCUCAAUGGACACACUUUCAGUUCCAUUCCUGUUGUGGGUCCCAUCAACUGUAGCCAGUGUAUGAAGCCUUUCACCAACAGAGACGCCUACACUUGUGCAAAUUGCAGUGCCUUUGUCCACAAAGGCUGCAGAGAAAGUCUGGCCUCCUGUGCAAAGGUCAAAAUGAAACAGCCCAAAGGGAACCUUCAGGCCCAUGACACGUCUUCACUCCCCACGGUCAUCAUGAGAAACAAGCCCUCACAGCCCAAGGAGCGCCCUCGAUCCGCAGUCCUUCUGGCUGAUGAAACCACUGCUGCCCCAAUGUUUGCUAAUAGACGGUCCCAGCAGAGUGUCUCGCUCUCCAAAAGUGUCUCCAUUCAGAACAUUACUGGAGUUGGCAAUGAUGAGAGCAUGUCCAACACCUGGAAAUUCCUGUCUCAUUCAACAGACUCACUGAAUAAGAUCAGCAAGGUCAAUGAGUCAACAGAAUCACUUACUGAUGAGGGAGUAGGUACAGACAUGAAUGAAGGACAGCUAAUGGGAGACUUUGAGAUUGAUUCCAAACAGCUAGAAGCAGAGUCUUGGAGUCGGAUAGUGGAUGGCAAGUUUCUGAAACAGCAAAAGAAAGAUGUGGUCAAACGGCAAGAAGUGAUUUAUGAGUUAAUGCAGACAGAGUUCCAUCACAUCCGAACUCUCAAGAUCAUGAGUGAUGUGUACAGUCGGGGGAUGAUGACAGAUCUGCUCUUUGAGCAGCAGAUGGUGGAAAAGCUGUUUCCCUGUUUGGAUGAGCUGAUUGGUAUCCAUAGCCAGUUCUUUCAGAGGAUUCUGGAGCGGAAGAAGGAGUCUGUGGUGGAUAAAAGUGAAAAGAACUUUCUUAUCAAGAGGAUAGGGGAUGUGCUUGUAAAUCAGUUUUCGGGUGAGAAUGCAGAACGCUUAAAGAAGACAUAUGGCAAGUUUUGUGGGCAACACAACCAAUCCGUAAACUACUUCAAAGAUCUUUAUACAAAGGAUAAGCGUUUUCAGGCCUUUGUAAAGAAGAAGAUGAGCAGCUCAGUGGUAAGGAGACUUGGGAUCCCAGAGUGCAUAUUACUUGUAACCCAGCGGAUCACUAAGUACCCAGUUUUGUUCCAAAGAAUAUUGCAAUGUACCAAAGACAACGAAGCAGAGCAAGAAGACCUAACUCAGUCCUUGAACCUGGUGAAGGAUGUAAUUGGAGCUGUAGACAGCAAAGUGGCAAGUUAUGAAAAGAAAGUGCGUCUCAAUGAGAUUUAUACAAAGACAGAUAGCAAGUCAAUCAUGAGGAUGAAGAGUGGUCAGAUGUUUGCCAAGGAGGAUUUGAAGCGGAAGAAGCUGGUAAGAGAUGGAAGCGUGUUUCUGAAGAGUGCUGCUGGAAGGUUGAAAGAGGUCCAAGCAGUUCUUCUCACUGACAUUUUAGUUUUCCUUCAAGAAAAAGACCAGAAGUACAUCUUUGCAUCAUUGGACCAGAAAUCAACAGUGAUCUCUUUAAAGAAGCUGAUCGUAAGAGAAGUGGCACAUGAGGAGAAAGGUCUAUUCCUGAUCAGUAUGGGAAUAAAAGAUCCAGAGAUGGUAGAGGUCCAUGCCAGCUCCAAAGAGGAACGAAACAGCUGGAUUCAGAUCAUUCAGGACACAAUCAAUACACUGAACAGAGAUGAAGAUGAAGGAAUUCCUAGUGAGAAUGAGGAAGAAAAGAAAGUGCUGGAUACCAAAGCCCGGGAGUUAAAAGAACAACUUCAGCAGAAGGACCAACAGAUCCUCCUCUUAUUGGAAGAAAAGGAGAUGAUUUUCCGGGACAUGACUGAGUGCAGCACUCCCUUGCCAGAGGAUUGCUCCCCAACUCAAAGCCCUAGAACUCUCUUCCGCUCGAACACAGAGGAGGCUCUCAAAGGUGGACCUUUAAUGAAAAGUGCAAUAAAUGAGGUGGAGAUCCUUCAGGGUUUGGUGAGUGGAAGCCUGGGAGGUGUACUUGGGCAAGCCAUCAGCAGCCCUGUUGAGCAAGAAGUCAUGGCUGGCCCUAUUUCUCUGCCCCGGAGAGCGGAGACCUUUGGAGGGUUUGACAGCCAUCAGAUGAGUGCUUCCAAAGGAGGUGAGAAGGAAGAAGGAGAUGAUGGGCAAGAUCUUAGGAGAACAGAAUCAGAUAGUGGUCUGAAAAAGGGUGGAAAUGCUAACCUGGUAUUUAUGCUUAAAAGAAACAGUGAGCAGGUUUUCCAGAGCAUUGUUCAUCUCCAUGAACUCCUCAGCACUCUGCAGGGUGUGGUGUUACAGCAAGACACCUACAUUGAGGACCAGAAGCUGGUGCUGAACGAGAGAGCACUCACUAGGAGCUCAUCCCGCCCCAGCUCCCUUAUCGAGCAGGAGAAGCAGCGCAGCCUGGAGAAGCAGCGCCAGGACCUGGCUAAUCUCCAGAAGCAGCAGGCACAGCACCUGGAGGAGAAGCGCAGAAGGGAGCGUGAGUGGGAGGCCCGGGAAAGAGAACUGCGGGAGCGAGAGGCUCGACUGGCUGAGCGCGAGGAGAAGGUGCAGCGCGGGCAGCAGGACUUGGAGAAGGACCAAGAGGAGCUCCAGCAAAAGAAGGGAACAUACCAGUGUGACCUGGAGAGGUUGCGUGCUGCCCAGAAACAGCUGGAGAGAGAACAAGAGCAACUGCGGCGGGAUGCGGAACGGCUCAGCCAGAGGCAGAUGGAACGGGACUUCUGUCAGGUUUCACAUCAGCACACCAAGCUGAUGAGGAUCCCAUCCUUCUUUCCCAAUCCUGAGGAGUCCUCACUGCCAUCUGCACCUUCAGUAACCAAAACAGGGUCAUUGGACUCAGAACUUUCAGUGUCCCCCAAAAGGAACAGCAUCUCUCGGACACACAAAGAUAAGGGGCCCUUUCACAUACUGAGUUCAACCAGCCAGACAAACAGACUACCCGAGGGACAGAGCCAGGCCCCAUCGUGCACUUCUACCCGCCUGUUUGGGUUAGCUAAGCCAAAGGAAAAGAAGGAGAAAAAAAAGAAGAACAAAGGAAGCCGCUCCCAGCCUGGUGAUGGUCCCGCUUCAGAAGUAUCAACGGAAGGUGAAGAGAUCUUCUGCUGACCUUAUCCUCUCUGCCGAGGCAGCUGCCUGCUGACUGGCUGUGGUGCCCAGCACCGCCUCUCCUGUUGCCCCAGCGUGCUCAAGUCCCUUACGCUGGAUGUCUACAACUUUUCAGCAUCCAGUCUUCCUGGUCUUCCCCAGGUCCUGGACAAAGAACAGAUUGUCUGAAUGUCAGGGUGGGGAAGGAAACCCAGAUUCCACUUCAUCCAUUAUCUGUGACUGCCCAGGCUCACGGGUAGGGCUGGCCCUACUCAGGUUGUUACACCGAAAACAGUGGCCCCAGAAGUACAGGCAAUGGUUUGGGACAUGUCAGGAAUUCCUAACAGCUUGAAAGAGUGUUUCCAAAUGAGCUCUGAAACUCUGCCUUUUAUUUUGGGGAACAAAACCAAAAUCAAAAAACAAACUGACCAGAUGGCACAUGGUUAUUCAGUACUUCAUCCUGUUAUCCUAAUAGAUGGAGUUCCCUUUAAACCACCCAGUGCACACAUCACCCCGUUUUUGCAUGUAUUUCUCAUUUUAUUUUGGAAGGGAUAACAAGCAUUUGUGAAACCAGUUAGAGAAGACUUGACAUGUAUAAAAGGUACCUGAUCUGUACCACCUUUAUCUCAUUGCCCCAGACUUAAAAAAAAAAAAAAAAAAAUCCAGAGGAGCUGAAUGGGGCAGCGUACACCUAUAAUCCCAGCAACUCGGGAGCCAGGAUGAUUGCAAGUUCAAAGCCAGCCUCAGCAACUUAGCAAGACCCUGUCUCAGAAAUAAAAAGGGCUGGGGAUGUAGCUCAGUGGUUAAGCAUCCCUGGGUUCAAUACCUGAUAUUUAAAAAAAAAAAAAAAAUCCAGAAGAAAUAUACUGGCUGUGCAAGAUACUUGCCUAUAGAUUCUAGGCACAGAGAAGCCUCCUGUGUACUAUAAUCUGUGUGGUGACACUUUUUGGUUGUCACCACCCAGAAUAGCCCUCAUAAGGGCUCCCCCAGGGCAGCUGCUGUGUCUUGGUCCUCCUUGUGGGAGAGCACGUGCCCUGUCAGCAGAAGCCACCACCCGCUUGGCUGUGCCAAGGCUCUGCGAGGUUGUCCUCCCAGCACACACACUAGGAUGGCUGUCUGAUAAGUAAGUUCUGGCAAAGAGGAUAAGCCUACCUAUAGCAGUUUUCAGCAGCGGGGACUGAGAAGGGGGUCUGCACCAGGCAGUGGCUGGGAAUACUCAUGUCCUCUUAGGAGAUCUUGUCAGAACUCGGUUUUCUAAAAAAUAUUUUUAAAUCUAAGGUUGCUAAUUAUGCUUUGCCCCUUGAAGAUGUCACAAUGCUGCCUGGUUUUCCUUCUCUCUUUCCACACUGUUCUGUGUUUGCUUGAGGCUUUCCCUGCUGUUACAUGCUAGACAGAUUAUUGGUAAGGUUUCCCUUGAGGCCCCAAAUACUGCCACCUUGGUACUCCCCAUGGAGGAGACCCGGAAAAUUCUGUGCUUCAGAUGUGGCAUACAGUUCUUGCUUUUUGCCCCUCAGAAGCAUGUGGCUUUGAACAUUCUUUUUAAAAAAGCAAACACAAAUCUAACUUGGUGCUUGUUGAUGAAUUGCAAGCUGGCCUUGCAGAUGGAGAUAUUUAUCUUUCAGUUUAUUUGAAAGAGGUCUGGUUUAGAAUUUUUAGCCUAAAUUUUAUUUAUUUGUGUGUGAGAGUGUGUGUAUGUAUGUUGUUUUGUUUUUGUUUGUAAGGUGAACCAGUACUAGCCCAACAGUUUAUCUGGUCAGCACAGAGAAUGAAGUAGCAGCUGGUGCUGUUUACUCGUGGCUGGUUGGCUUUCCAAGUGCCUUGAAGGUCCAGAAGAAAAUUUAGGGUUGGGGCAGGGCUAUAGCCCUUCCUCUCCUCCACUCAUUCUUUUAUUGAUGUUGUCUUCCUUGUUUAGGAAUUAGGAAACUUUGCCACCUAUGAAUUUCCUUUGCCUGUUUUUGUCAUAAAAGAAUUCUAACUUUUAAGAAACAAACUUCUAAGACUAAAGCCAGCUGAUUUUUCUAUUGAAACCAUGAUGUACCUCCCCAAAGACUCUAAACAGCAUAAAGUUUUUUCCUCCCAUCAGUCCACAUAUAUAGCUGAAGCCUCUCCUGACUUUCCUCAGAGACACCACAGUGUCCUUAUCUCUGGCCCACCUGGCCUUCACAGGAGAGCAGUCUUCAACCAAGACCUCUGGUUCUUUCCCAUUCUUAGGUAGGACAGAUGGUCCUGCUCUCCAUGUUUGAAAUGAAAGUGCUGAUCAGAUUUGCUCAGUCUUCCACAGAUCACUUUGGAUUCUGUAAGUUACUGUGCAGCCUCACACGGCUUGAUUUCAAUCUUCAGGUAUAGUUUACUCCUUACUAGGUAUAACAUCUAGCUUGUUUUGGUCUAUUAGUGGUUGUUUUUAAAAACAUAUUUCACCUCUGCCCACACCUAACUCAAAACAGUGUGGUCAGGUUCUCAUUGGACAAAUUGGGAAUGAGAAGGAAAAAAAAAAUCCCCUGAAUUCCCCUACGUCACCCAGUAUCCUGCUGGGAAUAUAGAAAGAGAACCACUUACCAAGAGCCGUGCUCUCACAUGCAGACUCCAUCUCUCUUCUUUUUUUGAAAUUGGCCUCAAGGGGAAUGUUGUGUUUGGGGAGUGACCUGGUAUUGCUGCUGCUUAUGCUUUUGCUUUCAACCUUGAGAACUACUCUAGCUGCUCUGUGUAGGUUUCUCUCCUGUGAAAAGAAGUGGUUUUCCAGGGACCACAAGUAUUUCUCACACUAGUUCCCCACAGUAGGACCAUCAAGCUAAAGAAAGCAGAUGCCUGAAAUUAUGGAAUUUCAAGGGAUGGAUGGAAUUACUACCCAGAAUCCCCAGGUUUCCUAAAAGGAGACCACAUCUUCUCUCAAAAAUUAUGAUCAUCUCAGUAGUUGUCAUCCCAUUUGGGUGACAUGCACUUUAAAUGCGCUCUCAUCAGUUGGCACCGUUUUUGAGACAAUUAGAUGUGAACUGUUUUCUUUUUAGAAAAAGAAGAGGGUUGAAAACAUGCAAGUUGCCACAUCCAACCUUUGCCAACAUUCCCUGUACCCUGUGAGAGCCAUCUUGUGGGGAAGCAUUAACUCCUCAUCAAGAUGUUUUUGGAAAGGUACGGACCUUGCCUUCUUUUCUCUUCCAUGUCUCAGGGUUAUGCCACUAAACGCUAUCCCUUUGCUAAUUUUCUCCCUUGUUUGUUAUCUUCCCAAGGCCUUGGUGGUGGUGGUGGUGGUGGUGGUGGUGGUGGUGGUGGUAGUAGUAGUAGUAGUAGUAGGCGGCACAUGUUUUUGAGACCCUUGGGGUUUCAUUUGUUCCUUUGUUGUGGGGAUGGUGUUGAUGUACAAGGGCUUAAAUAGCCCUACCUUAAAUAAAGGAUGGAACCAUAAGUUUUGUAGGUCAGAAUUUGAUUCAGAAAUCACUCUCCAUAAAAGUACUUACAUUCUUUUGUUUCUAAGGCUCUUUUUCCAGUUCCAGUUCUUUCUUCCCAAGGAUUUUGGUAUUUGCAUGACAGUUGUAUCCGUAGGACAGUCAAGCCCUGGGAGUGGUAGAUAGACGGACAGUCCUAGGAAGUGGACUUGGUAGCCAGGAAGGUGACUCCAAGAUGACCCCAGACACUGCAGAAGGGUGUUCCCCUCUGGGCCUGGGUGCUGUUUGCAUGUGGAAGCCUACAAAUGACCUGAUCCCUGCCUUUAUUCCAUAGUACCUCCUGGUGGUCCCCACCAGCCCUGCUGCUCUCCCUCACCCUUCCUCAGAGAUUUGAGAGGGCAAAGAGUUUGUUUGGGUUUUGUUCCUAAUUUUUCUUUUCAUUAUAGCAUAACAUUCCUAGUUAACCAGAGCCUUGGAAUCUACUACCUGCUGGCCAGGUUUUGAAAAGUAUUUUAAUGCUGCCAUAAAAGGAAGGCGGGGGACGGGGGGAAAGGCCUGCUCACAUACUCAUAUAUUUUAAUUUGUCAAAAACUGGGCAGGCCAUGAAUUAUUUCUCCAUCUCACUGAGAUGGGUGGUCCUUACUGGCUGAGUGUCCACUACCAGAAGCGGAUGACCUCCCUAAACCAGGUGGGAGCCACUGUGCCAGGGCCCUCCAGACCUCCCCCUAACAUGAGCUGUCCCCUGCCUUUCCCCACCACCUGACAGAUGGGUCCUCCAUGCGCUGAUGAGGGACAGCCCAGUCUGUCUGUCUAUGAUCCAGGUCAGCCUCGCUGUGUGCACUGCAACGCCAGGCCCUGCAGAGGGCGCCGAGGACACACCUGGCACCUCUGCUCGCCAUGGCUGUUUCAGAUGCUGUAUCUGUAUCUGUGCUAACUCCUAGUAAAUAAAAAGGUGGGUUAAAACCCUAAUGCUGUACAUUAAUUUGUAAUUAUGUAUAAAAGUGAAGCAGGUUUAAACUUUAAAGAUUUUUUUUCAGUGUGUUUUCUGGAAUUUUGCCACAGCAUACUGGCUUUGUAUUUUAUUUAUCUUUCUUUCUAGUUACUGGCUUCAGACUCUUGUAAAAGUUCUCCUCAGCCCUUUCAAAAAAAUAAAUUUCCAUUGAAGUCUU